CCUCCGUCCACUGUUGUGCGUUUCACUGUGUUGUGUGUGUGGGCAAGGAAGACUGACAUGGACUGUGUGGCUCUUUUUAUGCUCCUUUUUCUUCCCGGUCUUCAUUGGACAGCUGCUGAGGAGACCAGCUGGACUUACACCGGCAUGGUGGGUCAGUCUGAGUGGUCGGAACAUUACCCCGAGUGUGGUGGUACUUCUCAGUCUCCUGUUGAUGUGGUGACCACCCAAACUAAAUAUGACCCCGCUCUGACUCCCCUCACUCCGCUGGGCUACAGUCAGCACGGCAACCAACCAUUCACGCUGUACAAUAAUGGACACACAGCUGUGAUCGAGCUGCCGGACUGGAUGAGCCUGGGUGGGCUUCCCUGGCUCUUCUCAGCCGUACAAAUGCACCUUCACUGGGGCAACGGCGGCCCGAGUUACGGGGGCAGUGAACACACCAUCAACGGCCAAAGUGCAGAGGCAGAGCUCCACGUGCUGCACUACAACUCUGAGCUCUACCCCAACAUGUCUGCUGCUAUGACGCAAAGGGACGGCCUAGCUGUCCUAGGAAUUCUCAUUGUGACAGGUGAGGAGACCAACCCGGCAUUUAACAACAUCAUCAACUACCUGAGCCGCAUCAGACAUGCAAACCAGAAAGUGUUCAUACCAGCCUUUGACGUGCAGUCUCUGCUCCCUGAGGAUUUAGGACGCUAUUAUCGCUACAAUGGCUCCCUGACGACACCACCCUGCUACCAGAGCGUAAUCUGGUCGCUGUUCAAUGAGAGGGUUCAAAUCUCCAAGGCUCAGUUGCUGAAGAUGGAGACCAUAUUGUUCUCCAGCAAAGCUGGAGAUCCAGACCGGAUGCUGCUGCAGGACAACUACCGCGCCACGCAGCCGCUCAACCACAGGGCCGUCUUUGCCUCCUUCACUGCAGAGUCAGGCAAGGAGCUCACUUCGGGUGAGGUCACCGCCAUCGUGAUAGGCAUAAUGUGCGGCUGUGUAGGCCUGGCCGUCAUUGUCCGCUUCAUCAUCAAGACCAUACGAUUUUUCACUCUCCUCCACCACGAAACAGUUGCUGUAAACAGGUGGCACUCAUCGCCGACAAGGACACGACUAGCGCUUAUUAACUGUGUUGUUUGUAACAUCCCCUUUUGGAUUGAGAAAUGUCUUUGAGCGUUGUUCUAAAAUGCGCGGAAUUAAACAAUCUACCAAGGAAACUGCGAAUACCGUAUAAUCGUGACAAUUAGAUCCCAACCACAUACAUGGGCAUGAAUGAAAUUUCUGGUGAUUUAGGCUACUAACCAUUCAAUAGCUCUGUCUGUCUGAUUUCCGGGGACUGUACCUUUUGGUGACCUUUUGGUGCACAACAACAACACCCACAACAAGAAGAGCCCACUUGCCUCGAUUCAACCUUUGCAGAUUACCAUUACCUGGAUGAUGGAGAAUAUACACAGACAAAGAAAUAAACAACUUUUAGCAAGCACAUCGUUAUUUAUUUUUGAUAUUGUGAGGCAGAUGUGCUAACCAGUUGUUCACCACAGUGUUGAUGGUGCACAUACCAGAGUUUUUGCAUCAGCGACCACCAAAGCUGCAUUCUGCUUGGCCAGCCGGUACCCAUCAGCUGCCUCAGGAGUUCCACAGGCCAAAAAGGCCCGAUAGGACUCCUUCAGCUUGACGGCAUCCCUCACCGCUGGUGUCCACCAACGGGUUCAGGGAUUGCCGCCACGACAGGCACCGACCACAGCUCCGGUCGGCCGCCACAGCAAUGGAGGCGCAGAACAUGGUCCACUCGGACUCGAUGUCCCCCUCCUCCCCCGGAACAUGAGCAAAGUUCUGUCGGAGGCGAGAGUUGAAACUCCUUCUGACAGGGGAUUCUUCCAGACGUUCCCAGCAGACCCUCACAAUACGUUUGGGCCUGCCACGUCGGACCGGCAUCUUACCCCACCAUCGGAGCAAACUCACCACCAGGUGGUGAUCAGUUGACAGCUCCGCCCCGCACUUCACCCGAGUGUCCAAGACAUGCGGCCGCAAGUCCGAAGACACGACCACAAAGUCGAUCAUCGAACUGCGACCUCGGGUGUCCUGGUGCCAAGUGCACAUGUGGACACCCUUAUGCUAGAACUUGGUGUUCGUUAUGGACAAUCCCUAAUGAGCACAAAAGUCCAAUAACAGAACACCGCUCAGGUUCUGAUCGGGGGGGCCGUUCCUCCCAAUCACUCCCUUCCAGGUCUCACUGUCAUUGCCCACGUGAGCAUUGAAGUCCCCCAGCAGAACGAUGGAGUCCCCAGAAAAAGAAAAAUAGGACUUCAUUUUCAUAACCAUUUUUUUUCUCUAAAAAAUAAAAAUUUACUGUAAUAUUAUAACUUUUCUUUCUCAAAAAGAGGUAUAUUUUAUAAUUCCUACGGCAUUCAUAGGCCCACAUGGUAGUUAUGUUUUUUUGGCAUUAGGACUGUGAGGGGAAUUAUGCGACAAUUUCUCCUUUGUAAGGGUCCCUGGACCCAAAAAGUUGAGUAGCUCUAAAGUGCUUGGCUCCUAGGUGAAACUCAGGAUGAACAUUGAUGGGGACAGUUAACGAUCAAUUAAACAAUUCAUAUAUAUAUUGAAAUAUUACAUUGCACUUUCUGCUACUUUGAUUAAAUACAGUAUUUAUCUAAAACCGAGGCGUGGUGAGCAAAGAAUCUUGGCAUGUGUGCUUCCGCAAAGUAUAGCAGUGUGAAAAAAAUGAGAUUUCAAAUUGUAAUUGGAUGCAGCCUAAAUUGGGACACUGCUUGAAUUCGACUAAAUUGUUAUUCGAGGAAGCGUUCUCCUCGCAAGCGCAAUACACAAAAUGAAGGUUGACAUUGGUAUAAAUAUAGAAAACAACAGUGAAUAUAAGUGAGUGGCGAACAACAUCUGUGUGACUGUAUUGAAUGGUUAUUCAUGCAAGUGUUAUUUACUCAUGCCGUUUAUUUAGUGGUUGUAUAACGGUGCUAUCCACAACGGACGUUUGACCUGUCAAAGCUGGAGCACGAGGAAUCUCUCACACUAAUGACUGCUGCAUUCCAUUCAACUAAGCUACUUUCAGCACUUUGAUAGUGUGCAUUUCACAGACAUUGUCGUUUACACCUGCGCCAAACCCCCCCCCCC